AUGUCUUCGUCGACGCUGACGACCACACCAAAGCCGCGUGCUUCAUCAAUUCGGGGCUCUGCCACGAGACCUGAUUCUGCGACUCUACCUGAUCAGCCCGAUGAGCCGAUAUAUGCUGAUAGCAUGGCAUGCGCAAGAGCUUUCGAUCGAUACAUGGAAACCUAUCUCUUACACUUGGCUCGCGUGCAGUCCGUAGAUGGACGCCUUCUCUGCCUGUUUCAAUACUCGCUUCGAACAUGGAACGAUGGUGUUGUUGCGUUUCGACAUGACCUGGUCAGGACUUCAUACGAGUGCGAAGACUGGGGGGACGAUGAAAAGUAUACUAUUGCGAUACUGGACGCCAAAUAUCGAUCCACUCAUACAGAUACUUCGUUUCUGACCACAGGCUAUGUCAACAGGGGGACAGACUAUCUCACCACCUCAUCCGACGGCCAGAUACACGCAGAGGCGUGGAGUGCGCUUCAAUUGCAGCACAGGCGACUCGAUUCCAGUGUGGCGCAAGCCAUAAUGAGCGCUCGGGACUCGGACUACGACGAACCGAUCACGACCGAAAAGGCGUUACGGGCAAUCUGGCCAUUCGGUAUAUAUAGCCAAAUACAGGUUCAAGGUCCCAGCUAUCACGUUGCUGUAUUUACCGAUCAACCUUCUUCGUCCUAUCGCGAGUAUACCCAUCCAGGGCGGAGUACGAGAGGGGCCCGCCUCGCCUCGUUGAAGGGGCGAUGCCGCUUUGAACGGACCCCCGCAGCCACAGUGGCUGUUCACGAUGUUGCAUCCGGAACGCCAAUCAGAGAAAUCGUGUCCGUGGCCGAGCUCAGGGCGGCAUCAAACCCCUCAUCCUAA